UAAGUGGUAAGGCUCAACUUCAACUUACUAGCCCUGUAUCCACCUGCUAAAGAUUGACAGAGAUGGUUAAAUACCCCAGAAGUAAUGGUGGCAGUGUUUGUUUUAAUAGGUUUUUGCAAAUGUGUUUUCAACUGACUUAGGUACUUCAGGCUGAAAGACGAGCACUUGAAAUGUUUAUUUAAGCAUGCCCUUGAAGUAUCCCAUUGACAUAAGGUUACUUCCGAUCAGUUUAUCUGAUCUCUAGAGAUGAUUGUGAAAUAAUCAGUGGAUUUAAACAGCUCUGGUAUGGUUUUGGAUCUACUGACAAGUUUAACAAAUAUCACCCCUUUGACCUGCCCCUUCCAUAGGGUUUAGAUACCAUGGCACCUUAGAAGCAUCCAAGCUAGAUUUACCUAUGCCUUUUAGCACAAGCGUCUCUUGCAGUUGUAUUCUUGCCACCACGAAUCACUGACUAGGGGUAAAAAUGUUAAAAGUGGCUAAGUGACCUAGGUUCCUAAAUGCUUCAAUCACUUGUCAAAAUGGAAUGUAGGCUCCUAAGGGCCAGAUUUUCAAAGGUAUUUAGAUGCCUGAAGAUGCAGAUAGAGGCCUAGUGGGACAUAAACAUCAGAAACACAUAAGCAGGUUAGGUGACUAAGUCCUAUUUGAACCUGUCCAAAGUUUAGGGAUAUUUGGUUCAGUGCAGUGUUUGGGAUUUUUCUUUCUUUGUAUAUUGUGCAUAGAGAUGCGGGAAAAGUAUUCCCACUGAGUCAUUAUUACUGAUAGACUUUAAUUAGAAAGUUGUCUGAUUCUGGGCCUUUCCCUGACAAUGGCAUCUUCUGCCUUGAGUAUACUAUACUUCAUAAUAGCAAUGCCUCAGAGUGGUAGGAGACUCGCACAACUAAAUCACAUAGCAAGAGUAAUUCAGCUCUCUUUAAGGAAGAAGAUAUAUCAUCAUAUGACCAGAACAUAAAAAGAAGUGGACCAAAGCUAACCCAGAAGAGAGAGGAUAAUCGAGGAUUUGCUGUGUCCAGAUUCAAGGAGAGUAUUGGGAAUCUAUUACCUCUUGGGUGAAACAAAUAAAAGGAUCUAAUCAAAUCAUUUCUACAGAAAAGCAUGCAUGUUGAAUUCUGAACCAUUCUGGUAGUAAUGUUUAUGAGGGUGGCCAUUUGUGGCCAGGCAUAGAAAGUACAUACAGAAAAUUAAACAUGUUUUUGCAAUUCUGCAUGAACAUGAUAUUUAAAAAUCAAGCCCUGCUUAUCCUAAACCAUGCUCUGACGGCCUUUGGUGUGGUCUUUUAGAGAUGUCAGAGCUGUACACCAACUCCCAGCCAAAUUCAAACCACGAAAAGAAAUAAACUAAGACAUAUUGAUUACGAGUUUGUUACUUAACUUCCAACAACACAACACUCCCCUGCUGUUUUCCAAUCUCCUUUCAUAGGGCUAUUUUGUGCUACAAAGCAGUAACGUGAUCGAGUGGCUCAUAGGAGCACUGCAUUAAGCUUCUACCACUCAGUCCUUCUUUGGUGGACUUCAACCCCUCUCUGGAUGCUGCUUAGUUAUCUAUGCCAGAGACAACUCACCGCUGGGUCUCCUAAGAAUCCUGCAAAAAUUUUGCCCUUGGAAUUGACCAGAUUGCACAAAGUGGCAGGGAUUUUUCCAAACUUUUCUCAGAGGGAGUGGAUCCUCUGAAUUCCCCACAUGUUCUUUAUCCCUGUCCCAAACUUCCAGCUACACAAGUUGGAUGCUUGUCAAAAUUUACCAACAAACUCAGUACAGCUCUCAGGGAUGCACUGAAGCUAUUUCCAGGAGUUUGUUACCCAGUGGUGCAGCCUCUUGCCUUAUUGUGGGUGUAAGAAAGCAUUUUUCUUUAAAUAAAUGAAUGGACUCUCUAGUCUUCACUCCUUUCUUCAGCAUCUGCCAACCUGAUACGUAGCAUAUACUGAAGGUUACAUUCAAGGAUUUGUUUGGGAGACUAGCAGGGUGCCAUCCCUGAGCCUGGCCCCUUGUGGCACAGCAUGGCCCUGCAGCCACCCCACCCUCAGCUCCCCCGUGGUUGUUGCAAUAAUUUGCUCACAAGCCAAAAUACUUCCAGAGAGGGGUUGAAGCCAGGAUUUAGGUGGGAAGGCUAUGACAGAUACAGAGGCAGCAGUGGGAGUGACCCAUGUAGUGGAAGACACAAUGAAGAUGACUGGAUGUGGAAGCUGUGGUAUGUACAUGAUCCUGGAGGGGGUAUCUGGUAAGAGUUUUGUCUGCAUGAAAUGCCGUCUGAUAGAGCUGAUGGAGGAAAAGAUCCAAGGAUUGGAGAUGCAGGUGGAAAGUCUGGUUGAGUUUAGAAGGGGGUUCGAGCAGAUUAUGGAGUAAAGACAUGAGGUAGCUGAAAGGAAAAGCUCAGACUUGCAGAUGGAAGCAGGACUGAGGAAUUCUGAGGGGAGACUGCUGGGUGAGGAAAAUGGACAGUGGAAGCAUGUGACUAAAAGAACCAGGCAGAGGAAAAGACGGGCUAGUGAAGGAGAAAUAGAGCUCAAGAAUAGGUUUGCAGAGUUGGAAAAUGAAGGGGCUCAGCAGGUGGUCACUGAAGGUGGAAGGGCAAGGGAGAAGAGAAGAGCAGCUAGUCCUAUAGGAAAACGGGAAGAGUCAAUGGAGACUACACCAAAUAUGAGUCCCAGAAGGAUAUAGGAUGGGUUGAAGAGGAUUACAAGGGAGAAUAGGAAUAGAAAGAACUUGGGAACAGGGGAUAGACUGGAGAAUAGCAGCAUCACCAGCAAAAGGCAGGUCUACGUGAUUGGGGACUCUUUACUGAGAAGAAUAGACAGGCCUGUAACCAGAGCUGAUCCAGAGAAUAGAAGGAUGUGCUGUCUUCCAGGUGCUAAGAUACGGGAUGUAGACCUGAGGUUGAAAAGGAUCCUAAAGGGAGUGAGAAAGAAUCCCCUAAUUAUCCUUCAUCUGGGAACAAAUGAUACCGGUAGAUUCUCGCUGGAACGUAUCAAGGGAGACUAUGUUAGGCUGGGGAAGACGCUUAAGGAAAUCGGGGCUCAGGUGAUUUUUAGUGGGAUUCUGCCUGUUCCUAGAGAAGGGCAAAAAAGGUGUGACAAGAUUAUGACUAUCAACAGAUGGCUCAGGCAGUGGUGGUAUAAGGAGGGCUUUGGUAUGUAUGGCCACUGGGAGGCAUUCAUGGACAGAGGACAGUUCUCUCGGGAUGGACUUCAUCUGAGUAGGGAAGAAAAUAGAUUUCUAGGAUGGAGGUUGGCACAACUGAUUAAGAGAGCUUUAAACUAGGAAUUUGGGGGAGAUGGUUGGGAUAUGUCCAGGUAAUCUCCACGCCGGAUUUUAGCAUUGAGAGGGAAGAAAACAAAGUAAGAAAGGAUACAGCUGUGGGUAGGAGAAUGGACAUAAGGAGGAAGGGCAGUGUGGAUACUAGUCUAAUAGGUCAUACUGGCUGUAGAAUGACCAUGCCUAAUCGGGUACAGAAUGUGAACGAGGCCAAACAGCAAAAAUUAAGAUGUUGGUACACCAAUGCAAGGAGCCUAGGUAACAAAAUGGAGGAACUAGAGAUACUGGUGCAGGAAGUGAAACCAGAUAUUAUAGGGAUAACAGAAACAUGGUGGAAUAGUAGUCAUGACUGGAUAACAGGUAUUGAAGGGUAUGUGCUGUUUAGGAAAGACAGAAAUAAAGGUAAAGGUGAUGGAGUAGCAUUGUCUAUCAAUGAUGAGGUAGAAUGUAAAGAAAUAAGAAGCAAUGGAAUGGAUAAGACAGAGUCCGUCUGGGCAAAAAUCACAUAGGGGAAGAAAACUACUGGAGCCUCCCCUGGGAUAGUGCUUGAGGUGUGCUAUAGACUGCCAAGAUCUAAUUUAGAUGUGGAUAGAGCCCUCUUUAAUGUUUUUAAUGAAGUAAAUACUAAUGGAAACUGCGUGAUCAUGGGAGACUUUAACUUCCCAGAUAUAGACUGGAGGACGAGUGCUAGUAAUAAUAAUAGGGCUCAGAUUUUCCUAGAUGCGAUAGCUGAUGGAUUCCUUCAUUAAGUAGUUGCUGAACCGACUAGAGGGGAUGCCAUUUUAGAUUUGGUUUUGGUGAGUAGUGAGGACCUCUUAGAAGAAAUGGUUGUAGGGGACAAUCUUGGUUCAAGUGAUCAUGAGCUAAUUCAGUUCAAUCUGAACAGAAAGAUAAACAAAAAUAAAUCUGCAACUAGGGUUUUUGAUUUCAAAAGGGCUGACUUGCAAAAAUUAAGGACAUUAGUUGGGGAAGUGGAUUGGACUGAAGAACUUAUGGAUCUAAAGGCAGAGGAGGCCUGGGAUUACUUUAAGUCAAAGCUGCAGAAGCUAUCGGAAGCCUGCAUCACAAGAAAGGGGAAAAAAUUCAUAGGCAGGAGUUGUAGACCAAGUUGGAUGAGCAAGCAUCUCAGAGAGGUGAUUAGGAAAAAGCAGAAAGCGUAUAGGGAGUGGAAGAUGGGAGGGAUCAGCAAGAAAAGCUACCUUAUUGAGGUCAGAACAUGUAGGGAUAAAGUGAGACAGGCUAAAAGUCAAGUAGAGUUGGACCUUGCAAAGGGAAUUAAAACCAAUAGUAAAAGGUUCUAUAGCCAUAUAAAUAAGAAGAAAACAAAGAAAGAAGAAGUGGGACUGCUAAACACUGAGAAUGGAGUGGAGGUUAAGGAUAAUCUAGACAUGGCCCAAUAUCUAAACAAAUACCUUGCCUCAGUCUUUAAUAAGGCUAAUGAGGAUCUUAGGGAUAAUGGUAGCAUGAUAAAUGGGAAUGAAGAUAUGAAGGUAGAUAUUACCAUAUCUGAGGUAGAAGCGAAAUUUGAACAGCUUAAUGGGACUAAAUCAGGGGGCCCAGAUGAUCUUCGUCCAAGAAAAUUAAAGGAAUUGGCACAUGAAAUUGCAAGCCCAUUAGCAAGAAUUUUUAAUGAAUCUGUAAACUCAGGGGUUGUACCGUAUGAAGGGAGAAUUGCUAACAUAGUUCCUAUUUUUAAGAAAGGGAAAAAAAGUGAUCCAGGUAACUACGGGCCUGUUAAUUUGACACCAGUAGAAUGUAAGGUCUUGGAAAAAAUUUUGAAGGAGUAAGUAGUUAAGGACAUUGAGGUCAAUGGUAAAUGGGACAAAAUACAACAUGGUUUUACAAAAGGUAGAUCGUGCCAAACCAACUUGAUCUCCAUCUUUGAGAAAGUAACAGAUUUUUUAGACAAAGGAAACGCAGUGGAUCUGAUUUACCUAGAUUUCAGUAAGGCGUUUGAUACCGUGCCACAUGGGGAAUUAUUAGUUAAAUUGAAAAGAUGGGGAUCAAUAUGAAAAUUGAAAGGUGGAUAAGGAAUUGGUUAACAGGGAGGCUUCAGCAGGUCAUACUGAAAGGUGAACUGUCAGGCUGGAGGGAGGUUACCAGUGGAGUUCCUCAGCGUUCCUAAGAUUUGGGACCAAUCUUAUUUAAUAUUUUCAUUACUGACCUCAGCACAAAAAGUGGGAGUGUGCUAAUAAAGUUUGUGGAUGAUACAAAGCUGGGAGGUAUUGCCAAUUUAGAGAAAGACCGGGAUAUCAUACAGGAAGAUCUGGAUGACCUUGUAAACUGGAGUAAUAGUAAUAGGAUGAAAUUUAAUAGUGAGAAGUGUAAGGUCAUGCAUUUAGGGAUUAAUAACAAGAAUUUUAGUUAUAAGCUGGGGACGCAUCAAUUAGAGGUAACGGAGGAGGAGAAGGACCUUGGAGUAUUGGUUGAUCACAGGAUGACUAUGAGCCACCAAUGUGAUAUGGCCAUGAAAAAAGCUAAUGCGGUCUUGGGAUGCAUCAGGCGAGGUAUUUCCAGUAGAGAUAAGGAGGUUUUAGUACCAUUAUACAAGGCACUGGUGAGAUCUCACCUGGAAUACUGUGUGCAGUUCUGGUCUCCCAUGUUUAAGAAGGAUGAAUUCAAACUGGAACAGGUACAGAGAAGGGCAACUAGGAUGAUCCGAGGAAUGGAAAACUUGUCUUAUGAAAGGAGACUCAAGGAGCUUGGCUUGUUUAGCCUAACCAAAAGAAGGUUGAGGGGAGAUAUGAUUGCUCUCUAUAAAUAUAUCAGAGGGAUAAAUACCUGGGAGGGAGAGGAAUUAUUUAAGCUCAGUACCAAUGUGGACACAAGAACAAAUGGAUAUAAACUGGUCAUCGGGAAGUUUAGACUUGAAAUUAGAUGAAGGUUGCUAACCAUCAGAGGAGCGAAGUUUUGGAAUAGCCUUCCAAGGGAAGCAGUGGGGGCAAAAGACCUAUCUGGCUUUAAGAUUAAACUCGAUAAGUUUAUGGAGGAGAUGGUAUGAUGGGAUAACAUGAUUUUGACAAUUAAUUGAUCUUUAAAUAUUCAUGAUAAAUAGGCCCAAUGGCCUGUGAUGGGAUGUUAGAUGGGGUGGAUGUUAUGAGGUCUUAUUUGCUAAGUCUUUUCAGAAUACAGACUCUUUGGCCCCUCAGUCCCAAGGUACCUUCUCCAUGCUUCUGGGGCCCCAAAGACCUCCUUCUUGAGGCCUGUGCUGUGAUUCUGCAAGAUUUUGCUCCUUGGUUCAGGGCCCCGACAGCCUUCCUUCUUGCAGUCUCCUUUCUUUGUCUUUCAGGAGGCUUCUCAUUUGUCUCCAGGGUGGACUGAUUUAACCACAUGACCUUCCUGUCAGGCCACCAGUGGAGAACCUCUGAUCUCUUGGAUGGCUCUGCUAAGUGCAGUUAUGGGCUAUUGCUACUGAAUCGGUGGAGUGCAAGCUUUCCCCCAUCCAGCUUCGGCGUUCCAUCUCUUUCCUGGAAGACCUCCUCUGGUGUGGAGGAGGGAGUUCAGUCCUGAUGGCUCAUUCAGUUCCUGGCUUCUCUGCAGAGACUUCUGCCAAUAGUUGGUCCAGAGGUGAAUUUCUCGAACUGUAAUAAAGUCAGGAGCAGCAUAGAUACUCAAAGCUAGCAAAAGAAAAUAUACAUUCAACGUCAUUGUUCUGAAAUGCUCAAAGAGGGUCUGAAAACGCAUACUCCUGGACUUAUACACUACCAUUUUAUGGUUUCUCUUUAAGGAAAUGAAUAAUUUCUCUUGAUUUUUGAGGUUGAUAAAACAAUCAUUGUGUGGGACUUUUUAGAACAAAAUAUUUCCAGUAAAUUUUUUUUCACCUUCAUGUUCACUCCUUACUCAAGUAAAACCUCCAAGGAAGUGAGUAACAAAAAAUGUCAGGAGCUGGAUCUUUGUUCUACAUAUUAUCAUUUAAAUAAAUAAUGACUUGACCAGUUGUUGAACUGCUGCCACUCUGAUUAAUUUCCCAAAAUGCAAAGCCAGCC